CCUGUGAAUCGCUGGCCGGGACAGGGGAGGGGCUGGCCCUUGCUAAUGAACAAGUUGGCCAGGCGAGACAGGAACUUCAUUCCCCUCUGUGUCAGGAUUCCAGAAAUUAUGCCCCUUCUCUCACCAUGAACUGGCUCUCGAGUUCCUCGGGAGUUGUGCUAACUGCUUACCACCCCAGCGGCAAGGACCAGGUCGCUGGGGACAGCCAUGCAAAGGGAGGCGACGAAGCCACCUCCAGUCGCAGAUAUGGCCAGUACACCAUGAACCCAGAAAGCUCCACCAAACUUUCAGAGAGACCUCCAUUCGAUCGAUCAAGUUCUCAGGAUUCUUUGGAUGAAGUGUCAAUGGAAGCCUAUUGGACAGAACUAGAAAACAUCAAGAGGUCUACUGAAAACUGCCAAGAAGGUCAAGAAGCCAUAGUUGUCAAAGAACCUGAUGAGGGAGAACUGGAAGAAGAAUGGCUCAAGGAGGCAGGUCUGUCCAAUCUUUUCGGGGAGUCCGCCGAUGACUCUCAGGAGAGCAUCGUGUUUUUGUCUACGCUGACCCGGACUCAGGCAGCAGCUGUCCAGAAACGGGUAGAAACGGUCUCCCAAACCCUGAGGAAGAAAAGCAAACAGUACCACAUUCCUGACGUCAGAGACAUAUUUGCUCAACAGAGAGAGGCACAAGAAAAAUCUCCAGAUGACUCAGACUUGCGGUCAGUCAGAACAAAUGAAAACGAAGACCAAGGAAAAGAUGACCAGCCAUCUAGUGGGGCUGUGGAUAACAAGGAGCCGAUCCCACGGGUGCCUGAGGAUAUACCUGCCUCUGAAACAGACAUCAAUCUGGAGGUGUCCUUUGCGGAACAAGCUGUCAAUCAGAAAGAGCUCAGUAAGGAGAGGAUGCAGAAGACGAGAGGAAACGAUGCCUCUUUACCCAGUUUCAGACUGCCUAAAGAUAAAACAGGUACAACAAGGAUUGGAGACUUGGCACCUCAAGACAUGAAGAAAGUUUGCUAUCUAUCCCUGAUCGAACUCACUGCCCUAUAUGAUGUAUUGGGUGUGGAGCUCAAACAACAGAAAGCUGUGAAAAUCAAAACCAGAGACUCUGGUCUUUUUGGUAUUCCUUUAACUAUAUUGUUAGAACAAGAUCAAAGAAAAGUGCCUGGAACGCGAAUACCCUUGAUCUUUCAAAAACUAAUGGGUUCCAGCAAGUCUGAUGAUGUGGAAAGAAGACCAGGGGAGCCCUUGGAGCAAAAGUUGAUGCUGCAGUCCUGAGGAAGAAAGUUUCUUUGCAAACCUCUGGCUUUGCCUUUGCGUCUUCACCUGAUGGGAGGAGGCUCACCAUUCCACAGAGGGUGACCUGCAUGCCUUAAACCCUGCAAUUCAUAUGUUGGUCCCUUCUAGAAAGACACCGUCAUUCAAGCCUCUAGACUAUUGUUUGACUGAACCUCUGUGCACUACAAUGCUAACCAGAUGGGCAACACAGCUCCACAUGACAUGGAGAAGUCUGUUGAAUUUAGAUUCAUAUUAGGUCCAGCAAAUCUUCAGUCUGUAUCAAGUAGGCUGCUGAAUACUGACUGCGGUCUUUCCCAAAAACCAAAAUCUUUUCUCCUCUCUGUGAAAUUUUGAUUCGACUUAGUUUUUAAGACUUUAGAGACACCAGCAGCCUACUAUUUUGAGAUUAGUAUUUCAGUUUUGUUCACAUUAAAAAUAGAGGGGCAGUUGAAGACUUGACUGGUAGGCAGUUUUCACCAGUCUGCCUUUGCAUUGUGUUUUGAUAAAUGCACAGAGGGAUGUGUCGUGAGAAGCACUUUUUUUUUUUUUUUUUUUUUUUUUUUUUUGCUUCUUUUUUUUUCCAGAGCUGGGGACCGAACCCAGGGCCUUGCGCUUCCUAGGCAAGUGCUCUACCACUGAGCUAAAUCCCCAACCCCGAGAAGCACUUUUUGAUUAUGGGCCCACAGCUUGUUGUCUGCCCUUCAACUUUGUAAAAGGGGGGAAAAGAAAACACCCGAUUUAGAGAAACUUUCCACUCCCAGGCUCCAAAGUCUUCAUCCUUAAUGUUGAAGGGACAAUGUUGAACAGGUGACAUGAACCAAAGCUCAUCUUAUCUCAGUUAAUUUCAUCUUCUACUUCACCUGUCCUUUCCUCCCUCACCCCUCAGAGGCACACAGUGGUUUGUUUUAGUCAUGGGCAGUGGUUCAUUUUAAUGGUACUUUUUUUUUUUUUUUAGAAGAAAAGUGUUCGCUUUCUGGAAAAAGUGCAUUUCCUGAUGAAAUUUUUAAAUCCAAUGUUGUUGUUGUCCCGAUGAUCCCCCAAUUCAGUGUUGUACCUAAAGAGACUGAUUUUAUUUCCAUUUUAUAAUUCAACACACACACACACACACACACACAUGCAUAUACAUAAGUAUAUAUAGAUGUAGACAUACAGAUUUAUAUUUUGAGAUAUAUGGAACAUCAGUAAAAUAUGAAAAUCCCAAGUUUCACGAAAUAGCAUAAUUAUGUAUGGUUAUUUUUGUCUAUUGUAAGUCUUAAACAUUAAAAGAAAACUGGAAUAUGUUUCCUGUUAAUAGAAAAGCUAAUAAUGUAGCUAAUUAAUAAUGUAGCUAAAACACAUGAUUUUCAAAGUGAGAAGUAGGAGAUAACACAUGCUUUUGUUGCAGACAGCAAACACAUAACUUGAUGUUGGGAUCCAGCCCUAGAGACCGCUAAGAAAAGAUUCAAAUACAGAAUUCAGAAAUGAAUCUCAAUUAGCUGUUUCACAGCCACAAGUUUUUUCUGUACUUAAUAAAAGUAAAAGGCGUAGCUGGUUAAAAACUAAUUGACUUCAGUGACCUGCAUUCAGUUGGAUAUUUUAAUAAGACAUGCAAAUAUUUUAUAAGGCAAAAUGAAAUGAAAAUUGGUCAUACAUGAAACAUUUUAAUAUCUGGCAUGAAAUUCCUUAUUGAACGAUGUCCUUCUAAUCUCAAAUAAUUCAUAAUUAUUUUUACUUUGAGUUCCUCUGCAGUAGUCCUGGAAAGAUGUGGUCUAGGAAAAUUGGAACUUUAAAAAUUGAUGUACUUCCUUGACUGGUCAGUGAUGCCUCACCCAAUAAUGUAUUCUUAGGAGAAUUUGAGACUCUGAAUCUCUCUAUCAGUGGGUUUUCUGGUCGAAAUGGAUUCCCUGGAUAGGGCAAAAUGGGUAGUUAGGGAAAAGUCACCAACACUUCAGGAUCCACAGUUCUGAUUUUGGUAUACCUGAUUUGGGACCUGUGGAGCAGAGGUCCGGAAGCCUGCUAAGACAUGUUAAGAGUUGUCCCUCACAGACACUCUCAUGUGAAAGGGGUGACAAUGUGCUCUAUGUGGUCUAUGGAGUAUGAUAAACUCCACAGGGAGAGGUUUCCCUGAAAAUGACAUUCUUUAUCAAAUAUUCUUUUGUACUCUGGGGGAUUUCAUGCCCCAAGGUGUACAAGAGAACAUUUAACUGAGAUCGGAAGUGCAUGGAGCCUAUGUCUGAGUUUCACAAAGCAGAAGACUUGAGAAAUUGGGAUGGGCUGCAGGAGAGAAGCACCUAGAUACUCUCUUCUCAGUAAGCUUCACCAUGUACUGACCAAGGGAUAUGUGACCCAGGUUUUCUAACUGGAUGCUCCCUGACGGGGGCCCACCACUCUUACUUUCCUCACAGCUUUUUAACAAUUUGCCUCUGUAAUAAUUCCCUACUUGACUGAUAUUAUACGGUUUUCGAUAUUUACCCAGUUUUAAAAUUGUGUGUCUUUGUGUAGGAAUAUGUGCAUAUGAAUGCAGAGACGUCCACAAAGACCAAAGCCAUCCUGGUGAUCCCCUCCACCAGGAGUUAUAAGCAAUUGUGAACCCUCCUAUAUACAGUAGCUGAAAUCUGGAUUUGAGUCCUCUGAAAGAGCAGUGCAUACUCAACUACUGAGCCAUUUCUCCAGCCCCAUGGCUGCUACAUUUUAAUUUUAAUUUAAUUUAUUUUAGUGGAGUCGUAGAGCUAGGUUCGUGCCCAUUCGUUGAGUAUUAGUAUUACUCAGAAGCCCUCUUUGAAAGCAUUUUUCUUUAAGCUUGCCAUCAGAAGCCUCAAAUGAAUAUUAGUAACAGUUCUUUUUCCCAUAAAAAUAUUGUUUCCUGAAACCAAUUAAAUACAGUAUAUAAAUGUGCAACUACUGGAAUUGCAUGACAUUUCUUUGAUUGUACAAUGCAUGUUGCUGGAAAACGCAGAGUGGUGUUCUGAGUUGCUUUUGCACAGAGAACAUCUUUUCUCUGAUCCUGUGGAGAGGCCCAGCUGUCGUGUGAAAUUAUACAUUUCUUUUACAAAGGAGAAAAAGACAAACCUUUUCAAAUUGCAACUCUAGUUUCUACCUGUGUAGUUUUGAAGAUGCUGGUCCCACACCACUCUAAACCUCAUCAAACCCACUUUGCAUGCCAUCGGAA